AUAUAUAUCAAGGUUUAGAAAUCCAGAGAAAUUACAGUCUGAAGCGGGUUACUAUCUUUCCAGCUUGAUGGGCGCAAUUUCAUUUAUUGAAAAUAUGGAUGUUUCAUCACUCUCUAUAACACAAGAUGAAUUUGAUAAAAAUAUUGAAAUAACCAUGAAAGAACUUGAAAAGGAAUGGCCAGAAAUACCAAAAAAUACAAGGGAAAUCAGCUACGAUAAUGUUAUGCAUCCUUCAAGA